GUUCCGAUGAGAAAAGCAAAAUAACCCCCUUCCCCGUAAUUUCGACUCCCAUCAUCUCCUUCGCCGUUAUAAAUUGAUAGUAUACCCAUCAACAACUUCUGAUCAUCUUCCCAAAAAUGGCUCAAGAACCCAUCUCGAGUAUCGACUGUGUCGAUGAUUUUUACUUCUCAGCCCUCUUUGAGGAAGACCAAGAAGAAAUCUUGCAAGUCUCCGAUGCCAAAUAUGCUGAAGAAUUGCAGCUUCAGGAGGCUCUAAUGGGGUCAGUCAAUGUCAGUAAUUCAGUCGUGAAUCACGAUCUUUCUUCCCCAUCUCCGAUUCUGAGUAUUCAGUUCACUCCAGUCGUGCCAACGGAGCUCGUAAUCAAGAUGCGUGAAGAUUCAGGGGAGGGUUUUGGGGAGUCCUCUAUGAGCUUCUGCAAUAUUUGCAUCGAAAGGAAAGAAAGUGGCGAAAUCUUCACAAUUGACGGGUGCGAUCACUCAUUCUGCUCGGAUUGUGUAGGCAAACAUGUUCAGGCGAAGAUUGAAGAGAGUUUGAACGUUGUAUGUCCAGAAUUGGGCUGCAAGAAUAUUCUUCAACUUGAAGCCUGUAGGCCUGUGAUUUCCAAGGAAGCGAUCGAUCUUUGGGAGACGGCGUUAUGUGAGGACUUAAUUAGUGAGACCCAGAAAUUCUAUUGCCCGUUCAAGGACUGUUCGGCUAUGUUGUUGAUUGAGAAUGUGGAAGGGGAAGUGAUUAGGGAAUCUGAGUGUCCAUUCUGUCACAGAUUGUUCUGUGCCCAGUGUAAUGCUGGUUGGCAUCCAGGGGUUGAGUGUGAGGAGUACCAGAAGCUGAAUGAGGAUGAGAGAGGAAGAGAGGAUCUUAUGGUGCGAGAGCUUGCUAAUAAGAAGAAAUGGAGUAGAUGCCCCAAAUGCAGAUUCUAUGUGGAGAGAACAGCAGGUUGCCCUCACAUUACUUGCAGGUGCAAGUAUCAGUUUUGCUAUGGAUGUGAGGCUGAAUGGGGUCUGUUUCAUGGGGGCUGCCACAAACAGUGAAGAAGUAUGCAGCAGCAUAAGCAGGGCACGGUUCCCUUCUUAAUCUUUGAUCUUUGAUGAAUUACUAUGUUAUUGGUUCUGUUAUAUCAUCAAUAUUGAGUUCUUUUCGAUCUUUCACAGAAAACCCGUGUCGAGACUGGGUUUGAAUGUUUGAUGAUAUAGGGGAAAAAAAAAACUGCAUGUAUUUUUUUCUCCCUCUUGGGUCUGUUUUUGUUUGUUCUCAUGGUUUGCCGACCCUCCUGGGCUUGAUGAUACAAUUUGCUUGUACUUACGUAUAUAUACAUAUGUGCCUGAGUUGUGGAAGUA